AGGACAUAUAUUGCAUUGUUUAUUUUUGUAGAAGAAUGGAACCAGAAGGCAGUUCAGGGACCGGUGGACAUGCUACUUGGACUUCAACUUGGUCAGGCUACAUGCUCGAGUACCUUGCCAAUUUAGUGGUUAAUGGCACCAAGACUUCAUCCACCUUCAAGAUGGUUCACUACAAUGGAUGUGCAAAGGCUCUCCAAGAGAAAUUUGGCAUUGUGCGCAGUGGUGAGCAGGUUAAGAAUCACCUUAAGACAUGGCAAAAGAAGUUUCGAAAAGUCUGUGACCUUCGUGGUUUGAGUGCUGCUGGUUGGGAUGAAGAUACCUUCACUAUAACUCUUGAUGAUGAGCACUACAACAGCCAUAUUAAGGAUCACAAGGCUGAUGCUGAUUUCCUAAACAAGCCUAUUCAACACCUUGAGGAGAUGCACACAAUAUUUGGAAGUACCAUGGCUACCGGCAGGUUUGCAAAGGACUCAAGUGUACCUCUAGGUACACAGGAAGAAAGUACAGAUGACUGGGACAACGAGGUGCAGAGGAUGGAGGUACAAAGUGGUAGUGGUAUAGGUGCAACUCAGCAAGACAAUGCUGCAACUUCAUCGGCUACCAAGGCCACCAAUCCUAACAAGAGGGACAAGGGCAAGAAGAGGGCCAGGCCUGACCAUGAUCCAUUGGUGGCUCCAAUUAAAUGGGGAAGUACCAAGUUAGCCAAGGCGAUAAAGGUAGCAGGGAAAGCAGACAAUGAUGUGCCGGCUGAUUUGUAUGACAACGUGAUGGCUUUUAAGGGUAGUUUCAAUGAGACUCACUUAUCCUUCUACCAUUCCUACUUAGUCCAACAUCCUCACAUAGCUAGAGCUUUCAACUCCUUGUCUUUUGAACAUAAAUUCAAUUGGGUUGCAAAGCACAUUGCAGACAACUAUCCUAGGCAGUAAGGGUAAGUUGGAUGCUUGGGAUGGUUCUUUUGUUAGUACCACAUAGAACUUUAUAUUUGUGGUCUAAGUAUGCUUGUACCUUGCUAUGUGGACGUCUUGAACUUGCUAUAUAUUGUGUAAGACUUGAACUUGAUGCAUUGUGCAAGCAUCAGACUUGAUAUUGCUAUGUGUAAUGUACCUAUGGAUAUGGCCUAAGACUUUUAUUGCUAAUAUGGCAAGACUUUUUAUGUGGUUAUAUUAUUUGUUGCGUUGUUCCUU